AUGGCACGGCCUCGCAUGUUUCUGAGGGCCGUCGAGGGUUCCCCAGCUCUCUUCUGCUUAGCAGGUCUCCGACCUUUCGUUGCACGACAUUUCUCGACCGGAUAUGUAGCUCGACAGGCUGCGGGCGCCGUUGAAGGCGGCCACUCAGGCAACUCGGUUGUCAGCGAGUACGCCGCCCCUGAUACCGGCGCGUCUUCCAACGUGAAGGAGUCGGUCAUUAUGCGCACAUACAAACCCCGCACGCCCGGCGUCCGUCAUCUGAAGCGGCCUAUCAAUGAUCAUCUCUGGAAAGGCCGGCCUUUCCUCCCCCUGACCUUCCCCAAAAGGGGUCACGGCAAAGGCGGUCGCAAUUCCACAGGAAAAAUUACCAUCCGACAUAGAGGCGGCGGUGCCAAGAGGAGGAUUAGAACUGUCGAUUUUCAUCGCUGGAAAGGAGGUCCGCACAUUGUCGACCGAAUAGAGUACGAUCCGGGACGAAGUGCCCAUAUCGCUCUGGUUACCAAUCAAGCCAACGGUAGCAAGAGCUACAUCCUUGCUGCCGAGGGUAUGAGGGCUGGCGAUGUCAUCCAGAGCUAUCGUUCGGGCAUUCCCAAAGCCCUGCUUGAUAGUAUGGGAGGAGUCAUUGACCCCGGUAUUUUGGCUGCCAAAACGGCGUGGAGGGGCAAUUGCCUUCCAAUGCAUAUGAUCCCGGUUGGGACGGUCAUUUUCAAUGUUGGAUCACAGGCCAAGGGCCCUGCUGUCUUUUGCCGUAGUGCGGGAACUCAUGCCAUUGUCGUCUCCAAGGAGGAAGAGACGAGAGAUGAUGGAACAAAAGUCAUGACUGGCAAGUAUGUCACCGUGAGGCUACAGAGCGGCGAAAUCCGCCGGGUCAGCAAGGAUUCAUGUGCCACGAUUGGUGUUGCCAGCAACCCUCAUCAUCAAUACAGACAACUUGGCAAGGCUGGGAGAAGUCGUUGGCUCAACAUACGACCGACGGUCCGUGGUGUCGCCAUGAAUUCAGUCGAUCAUCCUCACGGUGGUGGCCGAGGCAAAUCCAAGGGCAAUCGCCAUCCCACAAGUCCCUGGGGCACACCGGCUAAAGGUGGCUAUAAAACUCGUCGGAAGCACAACUACAACAAGUGGGUUGUCGACCCCCGUGUCCGAAACAUGGGAAAGAGGCGGAAUAAGCAGUCAAAGGGCGACUGA